CUGCUGACAUCUACUGACACCGCUGACACCGCUGACAUCGCUGACAUCGCUGACAUCGCUCUUGUGCCCCGACACUCUGACCCAGUUGACGACUUUGUUCAUGAAUCGCUUUAUGCCUGUGGACUAUCAGACGUGACCCACAUAGAGAGUCUUCAAGAGAAAUCACAAUGCGCCCUCGAAGAAUACUGCAGAAGUCAAUACCCCAACCAACCCACUCGCUUCGGGAAGCUGCUCCUAAGGCUACCUUCAUUACGGACAGUGAGCUCUCAGGUUAUCGAGCAGCUGUUCUUCGUGAGGCUGGUGGGCAAGACUCCCAUCGAGACUCUGAUCAGGGACAUGCUGCUGUCGGGCAGUUCGUUCUCGUGGCCGUACAUGGCGACCAUGUGA